AUGGCUGUGUCUGAACCGACAUUCAGACGUGUGUUACCGCCGUGCCAGUGCUAUAUCCGAGUUCAGCUGGAGCGUCUCAUAACUGCUGCUACAGGGAGGAACCGCGGCACGAAGCGUACGCUCAGCUGGCGUGUUACCGUGCGCCUGCCUGAUGUCUGGCACCUUCCGUGUCUCGCAGUUCACUUUCAGAAGUGUUCAGUAAGCGCUGGAAUGCAAGUGGACGGCUGUUCCCAGGCGGUGGAUGCUCAGGAGAUGAAGCAGGCGCAGUUAUGUGAUGCAUCCUGUAGCGGCAUCGAUGAUGGGUUUCAUCCCGCCUUCACCCUGGUGUCAGCUGGAAUAUUUAGUGGAUAUAUAUCUCGACGGAUAGAUGUCAGCGUGGUCAGAGUGGCCCUGCAGUGGAUGGAGGUUGUAGAUUAUGUAGCAGCAAUAGUGGCCUCCUUUGCGGUUGAGAUAACGAAGGAAAUCCUGCUAUAUUUGGAUUCUCUUUCUGCAAGGCACUUCUGCCUUCCACCUGCUGUGUGCUGGGAUUUAGACAAUGAUGUUGCACCAUACUUCAAGACUGAACCAGGCUUGCCCCAGAUACACUUGGAAGGAAAUCGCCUCGUACUUACAUGCCUUGCCGAAGGCAGCUGGCCCUUGGAAUUUAAGUGGUUACGCAAUGACAGUGAAAUAACCGCCUACUCCAGUGAAUAUAAGUACGUCAUCCCAGCUUUGCAGAGGUCUGAUGCGGGCUUUUAUCAGUGUGUCGUACGAAACAGGAUGGGGGCAUUGCUGCAAAGAAGAUCUGAAGUUCAAGUGGCAUAUAUGGGAAAUUUCUUGGACACAAACCAGAGAAAAACAGUGACUCAAGGACAAGCUGCAGUAAUAAACUUCCUAGAUAUACUCAGCUAUCCAAGACCACAAGUGACAUGGUUUAGAGACGGGCACAAGAUUAUACCAAGCAGCCGAAU